CCCGCCCGUUUAAACUCCUCCCAUUCCGCUUGAUGCCACUUUCCUUCCAGCUCAUUCUACGGCUGACUGCGAAGGAGUGCACCCAGAUUUCUCUUAUGGCUGAGCCUGCUGAACUGCUUGUCAUUAAGGAUCAGUAUGAGCUGGCCCAACAAUCCAUGAACCAUGGAUCAGCGGCUCAGGAAGCUGACAACAAAUCAGAAGCUCGGCUGUAUUACAAGAAGAGUCGUCUGCAUCUUCGUCAAGGACUCGAAGUUCCUACUGGAGGGGAAAGGCAUCAAGGAGUGGUCUGGGACAAGGCUAGGCAGCUUCAGCAGAAGAUGAAGGAAAUGUUGGCGACUAUUGACACACGCCUUUCUGAUCUGGAAAAGUCCACACCAGGGAACACACGCUUACUGUCCAAUUUUUCUACUCCUCUUUACCCAGACUUGGUAAUUAAUGGUCAACCCACCAAUAGUUCUGUCCUCCAUCUGUACCCCACCAUACCAGAUACUACCCACAGUACAUCACCAGCCUCUAUCAGUUCUAUUUUCCCUGCUCUCCCAAACACACACACACUCCCUUCAGCUGAUCUGGAAACUGUGGCCAUGGAUAGCUCACCAGACCUGCCUCCAGCAUACACUCCAAAGCCAAUGGAUGGGCACCGCAGCCUGGUUUACGAUCCUGCAGGAGGCGGCCUCUGGUCAAGGGAACCACCAGAUGGGAAGGAGCUGCUCUCCAUCCCCUCUGGGGUACAGCUGUUCUUUGUCGAACCAAACGGUCAGGUCAGCUCUCUUUCCUCUCCAGGCUACCUCCGUAUCACCACAACGGAUAAUCAGCAAAGUGAUUGCAAUGCUGGAAAACCCUCUGGAUUUUUACAUGUGUGUGACCGUCUGUAUCCCCUGUCAGCAGACACCCCGGUGCUGCUGGCUAACUCUGGCAUCUACAUGUUCCCCGACUACUCGGGAGAGUUGCCCGGCUCCUUUGUGGGUUUAGUGCUGUCCUCUGAACUGCCUGCGGCGGACUGUGAGAUGUUUCAGGAUGUUCUAACACAACUUGCUGAUCUCAGGAUCCAGGGAACAGAAGGAGCUGAAGGAGAGGUCAUUAACUUGACUGAUAAAAUUCCCUUGAAUCCUCUGCAUGAGGAAACAGAUCAAAUGGUACCAGAGGGGGAAAAUGUAAAACUUCUACUUCCUGGAUGGAGUGAGAAGAUGGCUCAAGGAAUUUUGUCUGGAGCUACAAAACUGAGUCAGUCAUUUGCAAAAGGAGCAGAGGCCACUGGGAAUGUCAUUCAAAAAGGAGCAGCCAAGAUCCGGGACCGCAUCACACCAGAGGAGACCCCAUCUGAGGUCAGUCCACAGGUCACCAAAGGUCUGAAUGCUACCAAACAAGCCACUGGGAGCGCUGUUCGAGUCAGUAAAUUCCUAGUGAAUGGCAUAAGUACAAUUGCAGAACAUGUGGCAGAAAAGGUGGCACCUCAUGUGAAGAAGCACGGUGCUAAGCUGGUCCCAGAGUCUCUGAAGAAAAGUCAGGAUGGCCAAGCUUCUAACUUCGAUGGAGCCAAGUUUGUAGCAACCAGCAGCAUACAAGGUUUAAGCACAGUUUGGGAAAGUCUAGAGACUGGAGCAAAACAUGUCUGCAAAAGUGUUGCAACUGAAACUGUCACAACAGUAAAGUACAAAUUUAGGGGGUUAGAGAAUCUUUUAAACAUGUCUGGGAAGAUGUGACUUCACUGGGAAGUAAAGGUCAAAUUAACAACUGAUCUAGUCUUCUUGUGCUUCUACUAACCCAACCUAGAUUAGAAAAUAACCUUGCACAACCUGAUGUAGCUAUUUCUUUUUCAAACUAAUUUGUAUGCUUUAAGUAUGCUUUUCAGAGGUCUUUUUUGCAUUAGGCUUGCAUUUUAUUUUCAUUGUACUGGAUAUACAAUAUCCAGUACAGUGAAUAUUGUACUGGAUAUUCAGUAUAGAUGCAAGCUGAUGUGUCUAUUUUUAUCCUUCAACUCAAAUAAUUAAGAAUAGGUACAGAUCCUAUGUAUUAUAAUCAUUAUGCCUAAAAAACAGGGAUCUACACUUGUUAAAACAUUGCAUACAUGAACUGGACAUAAAGAUUUUUGAAGCUGCAUACUUUGAACGGAUAAACCAAGCCUCUCUUCUAGACUGAUUGUUGGUGUGUCUGUGUUGCUGUAAGCUACAUGCCAGAUUAAGCGAUGUCAUUGCAUAUAACACCUUUUAACGUACAAAAAUAUGCUAGAGUUUGUGUGUUUUUCCUUAAACCAAUGUUUUAGUGCUCCUGCAGCUCUAUUGUCAUUUAUUUUCUUCUACCACACUCUUUUUCUCUAACACCUCCAAAUUAUUUAUGAUGAAGGUACGGCAAUGAUGCAGGCCAAGCCACAGAUACAGCUCUCCGCACAGUGGGCAACAUUGGUUUGACUGCACAUAAUAUUGACAAUCUGGGCCUCAAAGCCUUACUGAAGACUACUGGGAAGAAGACGACCAAGGCCAUGGUUAAAGAAUCUGACGAUGAGGUAAAGGAAACUGAAGAGAACAAGAUGCAAAAAGACAAACAUCUCAAACAAGCAGAGAAGGGGGUGGAGAUGAAAGACGAGGCAACAGCUAAGAAAAGGAUGUGAAUAAGGAAAGAAGAAAGAAUAAAGUUCUACUCGACAUAAUGCUUUGUUGUCAUACAAUAUAAAUUAAUGGUGUAUUUAAAUGAAUAUAUUGAAGUAUUAAAUACAAUAAACUCCAUUUUAAGUGUUGUUUGAA